AGCAUUUAGAUUUUUUUUUCCCCAUAUAUGUGUAUUUGUAUUUGAUAAUAAAGUUGGACUUUUGCAAUAAUAAAGUUGGACUUUUGUGAACUAAGUUGUAAACUAAGGAACAUGUUAAUAAUAACUGAAGCUGUUACAAACAGCUUUAGUUAGUAACUAUUUCAUACACGCAUAUAACGUGACAUUCUGUUCCACCCUUCUGCGGUCUUUGCCCCGAUCUGGCAACCCCCAGAAAAAAAAAAUCCUAAACCCGCCCCUCUCAAAGAGAGAACGGAAUAAUGGCGAAAAUAUUAGGUAAGAGAAAAAUUGAUUCAGAAUGUAGGGCAUUUAAGCUGCAGUGGACAAACGAUUAUUUUUUUGUUUAAUGCAAAGAAAAGCCUGUCUGUCUCAUCUGUCAAGAAGUGGUGGCGGUAUUCAAAGAAUACAAUCUGCGGCGACACUAUGUAUCCCGUCACAAAGACGAGUAUUAUAGCUUGCAAGGCCAAAUGCGAGCAGACAAACUCAAAGCUAAAAAGUGAACUGUUAGCUCAGCAGAAUACAUUUGUACACCAAGCUCAGCUGAACCAGUCAUCUGUUUGGGCCGGCUUUCGGGUUGCUCAACUGAUAGCAAGCAGCGGUAAACCUUUUACUGAUGGAGUUUGUCAAGAAAUGCAUGAACGCUAUCGUGGAGGAGGUGUGUCCCGAGAAGAAAGAUGUAUUUUGUAUAUGCCCAGCUGCAGCAGAAGACGAAAGAAUUUGAAUUUUUUUCAUUAGCACUGGAUGAGAGCACGGACGUGCAGGACACCGCGCAGCUGCUCAUUUUUAUUCGCGGAGUUAGUGCAAACUUUGAGAUGUGCGAGGAGCUGGCAGCCCUCCAAAGUCUGAAAGGGACUACGACGGGGGAGGAUAUUUUCGGCAAAGUGUACCAAACCAUGGAAGAGUUGGACCUGGACUGGUCAAAGCAGGCCAGCAUCACAACUGACGGGGCUCCUAGUAUGGUGGGGAUGUCUCGGAGUCUUAUAGGAAGCAUGAACCGGGAGAUGGAAGAACGAGGUCUCACCGCCCCGCUACAAGUCCACUGCCUAAUUCACCAGCAAGCACUGUGCUGCAAAGUGUUAACGUGGGAUUCUGUCAUGAAGGUUGUGGUAUCAUGCAUAAACUUCAUCAGAGCAAAGGGACUUAAACACAGGCAGUUCCAAGAACUCCUGUCUGAACUGGAUUCUGCGCACGGAGAUGUGCUGUACUACACCGAGGUCCGAUGGUUGAGCCGUGGCAGAGUUUUGAGGCGAUUUUACGACCUGCUACCUAAAAUUAACGCAUUUCUUUAUUCACAAAACAAAACGGUGCCAGAGCUGAUCGACCCAGAAUGGAAAUGGCACCUCGCAUUUUUAACAGACAUGACAUAAAUGCUGAACAGCUUUAACUUGCAGCUACAAGGCCAGGGGAAACUCAUUUACGAAAUGUAUUCCCACAUAAAAGCAUUUGAGGUGAAACUAGAGCUGCUUUUGGGACAAGUGAAAAAGCACAGCUUCAUCCAUCUCCCUGCUACACAAAACCUCUCUGCAGAGAACCCCGCGGUCCCGUUUCCAGCUGAAAAGUGUGUGGAAGCACUGGAAAUGCUGAAGGCGGAGUUUGGUGUGUGAUUCCGUGAACUACAUGUUUAUGCAAAAGAAAUCCAUCUUUUCCAGAACCCCUUUGUUGCCGACAUUGAUGAAGCCCCGCCUUGUUAUCAGUUUGAGUUGGCUGAGUUACAGAACUGUGAUGUUCUGAAAGACGCAUUCAAGCCCAACAGUCUCGUUGACUUCUAUGCCGCCCUCCCAAACGACACGUACCCAAUUGAUCUCGAGUGAGAGUGCAUGCCCUUUGAGGUACCUAAAUGGGCUGAGAACCAUUCGUGGGGAGCCCGCAGCCUCAAAGAGUGAAUCACCAACCUAACAUCAGAAAACACGCAAUGAAGAUGUCCACACUUUUUGGCAGCACGUAUAUCUGCGAGCAAACCUUUUCACGCAUGAAACUGCUGAAAUCUCCAAUGAGAUCAAGAUUGACAGAUGAACAUCUGCAUCAGUGUUUGAGACUGACAGUGACUAGAAUGAAACCUGACAUUCAACUUCU